AUUUUUUUUAUUAUUGUUCCCACAGUAACAGCCAUUCAGCAUGGAAGUGCAUGGUUUAUAUAGAAUUAUUUAUUAGUAGUUUACUCCGUGCUAGCUAGGUCCGGUUUUUUUGUAACUGGUUAUCAUACAUGCAACCAUUUAACACGCAGAAAGACUAGACGUUGUAGGUGAAAUCACAGGUGCUUGGACUCCUUGGAUCAUAAUUUAUGAAUACACAUCUAACAUUUACAUAUGUAUAAGGUUAGAUGUGUAUUCAUAUAAUAUGUCCUACAGUGUGACCUACAGUGUGACCGAGUUAGAGGGCGAAGCAAAAUGUAUUGUCAUUAUCAGCUGAUUAGUUCUAGUAUAAGUAGCUAUAUCCAUAACAGGGCAAAAAAUACCCCGAAGUUAGCAUCUAAUAUGUGAGGACAUAGCUGUAUUAAAGCAUCCUACUUUAGACAUUUGAUCCGUCUACAUUGAAAACGGAAAAUAUGCAAUUGAUGUAAACAGUGUAUUCAGCGUCGGUGUUUAUUUUACAAACAUAAGGAGACAUUGAUACAAUCGCGUUAAUCGAGGAGUGAUUAUGUAUGAAUAAGAAAAUAUGAUUUACAUGUUUUACGGAUUUUAUGUAACAUCUCAGAACAACGUGAACUAGGGUAGAUGAGAUUCAAAAUGGAGAAAUAAAUGUCCACGCACUUGUAUUCCAAUCGAUGCCAUUUGGACCAAAAAAGUUCCAUAGAUACUUAUUGUGUGAAAUAAAUUAUAUGGAUGGUAAGAGACUGCAAAGAAAUCUAAAAACCAAAGACAUUUAUCAUUGUGUCCGAGAUGCGGUUCUCAGGGAACAUGGAGAAUAUGGUUUUGCUACAACUGUGAGAUCUUUGUCUGUACAGGCAUACUUCCACCCAAACAUAGUGAUGAUCAAAGUUUCCAGGGAUGGUCACAAAAUGCUUCAGUCUGCUUUGUUUUUUGUUCGGAAGAUUGGACAAUAUGAGGCCUUCUUCAACACACUUCACAUAUCUGGCACAAUCAGAACAUGUCAAAAGUUUUACAUCAGAUACCUGAGAAAAGAACUUCCUACACUGCUCAGAGAAUGUAGCACUCCAGAUGAAGAAAAAGAGGUGAAAAGGGCUAUUUCAUACUGUGUUCCCGUAGAAGUAACUUGAAUGGCAUCACGAGAUUAAGAUAACAUUUAAAUCGGCAUCUAGUUCUGCAGAGGGCCAGAUGAAGCCUGUGGGUUGAUGUUGGAGAGACAGGAAAUAGAUUGGAGAAACAUAACAACUCAACAUUUAGUAGUACUAAUGUCAUUGUACCCAUUUCAAGAUUACCUAUAGAGAUUUUAGAUAAAUAAAUACUGGUGAUAUCUCUCAA